AUGACCUGGCAAGAGUUUAAAGAUCCUUUCAUGAAAUAUCACUGCCCUCAGUCCGCCGUUGAUAAGAUUCAAGAGGAUUUCUUACGCCUCCGACAGAAGAAUGAGACGAUAAAUGAGAUAUCAAACACCUUCUUGGAUAAGAUGAAGUUUUGUGGAGAGUUUGUGCAAACUGAAAGGAUGAAGAUUAACCGCUUUUAUGGCGUGUUAAAGGCAGAAUUUAGGGAGUUCAUCACUCCCUCGAAGUGUGAGACUCUUGAUGAGCUCAUCAAUUUAGCGCGGGAUAGAGAAAUCGAGAUCAAGAGGCAAGAAGAGCGUGGGGAAAAGAGACCCAACGAAAAGGGUGGAAAUCCGACCCCGGCCAAAAAGGGGAAGUAUCAGGAGCAAGGAAGAAAGGAUAAGUCGAAGAGUGGUAUCACGCCGUGCAAGACUUGUGGAAAACUUCAUACGGGGGAAUGUUUGUUAGGCAAGAAAGGGUGUUACAAAUGCGGUAAGGAAGGACACUCAUCUUAUCAAUGUCCGAGUAGCCCAAAAACUUGUUUCAACUGUUUCGAAAAGGGGCACAUCAAAUCUGAGUGCCCGAAACUCCAGCAGGAGUCGAAGAAGGAAGAUAAGAAACAAGAAGGUUCUAGGGCCAAGGGUAGAAUGUACCAAAUUACAUCCGAAGAAGCCAAGUCUCUCCCGAAUGUGAUUUCAGGCGUGAAGGAAGAAGGCUCAAGUGCUAAGAAAACGGAAGGUUCACAAGAUCGAGGUAAAUCCUCGACUUAGGCGAUUGGACGACUUGGAACGUGCACACUUGAUUUACGCCCGCUACUCGCUUCCGUUGUUAA